GGUGUUGGCGUGGGGCUGCGUGGCUUCCUCCUCCCUCUGGCACACAGCAGGUAAACCCACUGGCAGCCACCUGGGCUUGGGGUCGUGCUGGGCUCUGCGUGGUUUUGUUAUGGCGAGGGGCAGGUUUAUGAAUGGGCUGUUAACACAUGGUGUGUUUCGUGGGAUGUUUCUGCAAGUGGCUUCAAAGGGAGCAGAAAGUGCCUUGGGUGAACAGACAGCGGAGUGAUUGAUGGAGGGCUGGUGUUUACAAACACCACCUGGCUGUGCAUAGUGAUCCCAGCUGUGUUUCUGAGGGGGGUGGUGGUGAAAUACAGGGUUUACUCGUAAUGUAAGAAGUGCUGCUCGGUGAGUUGUUGGCUUCAGCAGUGGCACCUGAAGCACCAGUGCGGGCACUGCCCUUCAAACAGUCUCCUUGCACUGUGCUGGGAUGCAGCCAUCCCCUGUGACAGUGGCUGCUGCGGUGCACUGCUUUGUUGCUACGGAGGUGGUGCUGCAGUGAGAGACAGCGGCUGUGGGAUGGGGUGGCUGUGAGAUGGGAUGGCUGUGUGAUGGGGUUGCUGUGGGAUGGGAUGGCUGUGCAGUGGGGUGGUAGUGCAAUGGGUUGCCUGCAGGACGAGGGUGGCUACAGGGCAGAAUGGCUGUGGGAAGAGAUGGCUGUGUGAUGGGGUGGCUGUGCGAUGCGAUGGCUGUUUGAUGGGUUGAUGGUGCAAAGGGGUGGCUGCAGGAUGGGGUGGCUGCAGAGUUGUUCAGAACAUCAGGAUGUGAUUCAGCACAGUGUGAACUGCGUCCAGAAGGAAGGAGUUCUGCAGGAAACACUGAGGAGUAGCUUUCAUCCUAGUCUGGAUGACACAGUCCUAUGUCCUGCAUGGAGAGUGUGAGUGAGACUUGUGCCUUCUGGAAUAGACUCAUAUUGAAUCAUAAAGGUUGGAAAAGAUUGCUAAGAUCAUCUAGACAAGCUCAUCUAAGAAUGUAAUAAUGAGAAACUCCACAAGAGGCAGCGCUGUUGUUUAAAAAGGAGUCGAGUUCUGGAACGCAGCAUCCAGAAAGCAACAUCCUGACACAAAGCUCUUCCAUUCUCUCUGAACUUUAAUUAUUGUCAAAAUUUCUUUUGGAAAAAUUGCCUGCUAUUGUUUCAAAAAGGUGUGGCUGAGCAGAAAAAGAUCAGGAUGGAAACAAACUUCAGAAUGUGAUCGUUUCUGGAGAGACAGAAAUUCCACUUUGAACCAGUCCAGGGCUCUCUUGGAAGUUAUGUCUGGAUUCCCAAGCAAAGGCAAGUUGCUCUGUUUGCACAGCAGUGCAAACCUCUGCCAUGCAGGAGGAGGAUCCCAGCCGUGCUCACUACAAGGGCCAUGUCCCACUGGUUCAGGAGCUGCCACAGUCCCACUGCCGCCCUCUGAACCCUCCAUGCUGGGCUCAGAGCUGCUGGGAGGCAAAACAUUGUACUUCUUACAGGAAAAUGCAUCAAAGCUCAUUGUUUUCCUCCAAAUCAUUAGAAUCUAUUGUUCCUUACCCCAACACCUCCCUAUAUAUGUUGCCAUGGAAUCCGACGUUGACACCUAACCCAACAGUUGGUCUCCCAGACAGAAGCUUCACAGGCUGGGAAGUGUGGGAGCUGAAGACUGCAAUGGGUCUCACUGGGAGGGCUUCCUCAGAAGUAAUCAGUGAUGUUCUCUGCCAGCUUCCUAAAGAGGGCACAUAUGGUGGCAAUGCUGGACUGACCCCGGCCAAAGGUGGACUCCAAAGCACCACAGAGAAAACACAUCAUGCCAUGAACAUGGAGACACCCAAAUGGUUGCUCCCCCGCAAGACCUUCAGAUCACUGAUCCUGGGCUUUUAGGUUCUCUCGAUAUAGAGUGGAAACCUCCACCCAACAUACAGACCUCCAAUGGAUGCACAGUGAAAUACAAGUGUGAAUACCGUAACGCCGGCGACAGAGAAUGGAAGGUUAUUUUUACUAGGAAACUAAAACUCAGAGUUGGAUUUGACCUCAGCAGGACUGCUGAAGUGAAGGUCCAGACCCUGCUCAAAGGAUGGUGUACCAACGACGUGGAGGUCCAGAGUGAAUGGCUUUAUGCCACCUUUCGGGUCCCACUGCAAGGGAAACUGGAAUCCGAGGUUCAGAAUUUUCAUUGCAUCUAUCACGACUGGGAAUACCUCAAGUGCACGUGGCAACCAGGUCUCCUUGCUCCUCGUGGUGUAAAUUAUGGACUAUACUAUUGGUAUGAGGGUCUGGAGCACACGGUGCAGUGUGACCACUAUAUCCAGGAUCAUGGUGUAAACAUGGGCUGCAUGCUGCAAAACCUGAGCCAGGCAGAAUACAAAGACCUGAGCAUCUGUGUCAAUGGGUCGGUGGCAGCCACCUUGCUGAGGCCUCUGUAUGCCACCCUGCGUCUUCACAACCUGGCCAAGCCCUCGCCCCCCCAGCAGCUGGUGGUCUCCAUGUCUGCAGCCGAGGAGCUCCGUGUGGUGUGGAGCCCACCUGGUGGCCAAACACCACCCCAGUGCCUGGAGUACGAGGUGCAGCUGGCAGAGGAGCAGGGGGAGGCCAAGGCUGCCUGGGCGUCUGUGUCCACCCAAGUGGAGACCGCUUUCACCAUCUCCAGAGCAAAUCGGAGCCGUGUUUCUUGUGUCCGUGUCAGAGGGAGAACAAACAACUUCUGUGCUGAUGAGGGCUUCUGGAGCGAAUGGACGCAGGAGUGCUUCUCUGUAUCCAGAAAAGAAGUCAAGCAGCUAUUUAUCCUCAUUCCAGUCAUCCUGGGGUUGUCAAGUAGCCUCUUAAUAUUUACGUUGAUUGGCCAAUGCAAGAAAAAAUCCCCAGCAGGAAAACCAUCGCACACUUUGGUGGGAUGCUAACUGCACCCAUGGCUGCUGUGUUUGAUGGGCUGCUCUCACAUCAUUCCAAGGACAGCCAAGAAGCCCGGAGCUUUCUAGGCCAGUGUGGGUCUUCCCUGCUCUGUGUGAGGCUGGCAGUCACAAUGCAAUCCUCAACGGGCCCAGGAAAACACGGGAGGAGCUGUAAACUGACUGGAGCAAGCUGUUUCUAAUAACAAGGCAAAGGAGAAAAAAGGAGGCAUGGAAAUUGUGAUGAAUAAAGAUAACACGUUGCUCUGCGGGUUCUA